AUGUUCCCCACCGCUUCCCUCCUCGCACUCUCCUACGCCGCUGUGGUUUACGCUCAGCAGGCCGGCACGCUCACGGCUGAGACUCACCCCAAGCUCUCGGUCUCAACCUGCGCGUCUGGCGGCUCUUGCACUUCCACCACACAAUCGGUCGUUCUUGACGCUAACUGGCGCUGGGUCCACUCGACUUCGGGCGCCACAAAUUGCUACACGGGUAACACCUGGGAUGCCACUCUCUGCCCCGACGACACAACUUGCGCGGCCAACUGCGCUCUGGACGGAGCCGACUACUCUGGCACCUACGGCAUCACUGCUUCCGGCAAUGCGCUCACGCUCCAAUUCAAGACCGGCUCGAACGUUGGCUCGCGUGUCUACCUCAUGGACUCGUCCGACUCGAAGUACCAGACCUUCAACCUCAAGAACCAGGAGUUCACUUUCACGGUCGACAUGUCGCAGCUUCCCUGCGGUCUCAACGGCGCGGUCUACUUCUCCCAGAUGGACGCUGAUGGCGGUGUUGCGCGCUUCCCGACCAACAAGGCCGGCGCCAAGUACGGAACGGGCUACUGUGACUCUCAGUGCCCGCAGGACAUCAAGUUCAUCAGCGGCAAGGCCAACGUCGACGGCUGGGUGAAGUCUUCCAACAACGCCAACACCGGUACCGGUACAUACGGCACUUGCUGCACGGAGAUGGAUAUCUGGGAGGGUAACUCCAUGGGUGAGGCCUACACCCCGCACGUCUGCUCCGUCACUCAGCAGACCGCCUGCACUGGCGAUGACUGCGGCAACGGUAGCGACAACCGCUACGACUCGCUUUGCGACAAGGACGGAUGCGACUUCAACUCCUUCCGCAUGGGCAACAAGUCUUUCCUCGGCCCUGGUCUUACCGUCGACACCUCGAAGCCCAUCACGGUCGUCACGCAAUUCGUUACCGCCGACGGCACGUCGAGCGGUGACCUCUCUGAGAUCCGCCGCUUCUACGUCCAGGGCGGCAAGGUCAUCCCCAACUCGAACUCGACCAUCUCCGGCGUCACCGGCAACUCGAUCACCGACAGCUUUUGCAAUGCUCAGAAGACGGCCUUUGGCGACGAGAACCAGUUCGAGGCCAAGGGUGGACUGAAGACUAUGGGUCAGGCCUUCGAGAAGGGCAUGGUCCUCGUCCUCUCGCUUUGGGACGACUACGCCGUCAACAUGCUCUGGCUUGACAGCGACUAUCCGACCACCGAGCCUGCAACGCAGCCCGGUAUCGCCCGCGGCAAUUGCUCGACCUCCAGCGGUGUGCCCGCCGAUGUUGAGUCGCAGAGCGGCAGCGUCAAGGUCAUCUACUCGGACAUUCGCACUGGUCCCAUCGGCUCGACGUUCAGCGGCUCUUCCAGCGGUGGCGGCAGCAGCAGCGGUGGCGGCAGCACGGCGCCCUCGCAGACCACAACGUCUUCUGCUCCCGCUGGCACCGGCGCCGCGCACUACGCCCAAUGUGGUGGUACUGGAUGGAGCGGUGCGACCACUUGCGUCUCGCCCUACACGUGCACGGUCCUCAACCAGUACUACUCCCAGUGCUUGUAG